UGUCCUCUGGGCGGUCUGCGGGGAGCUGUGGAGGUGUUGCCACCAGAGAGGUGAGUUUAAAACGUCCCGGUUCCCGGUCAGAGAUGGAGUACACUGAUGACUUCCUCCUUGCUGAGCUGGGCCACCUGCAGUUCUACAACGACUCCAACGGUACCUACAAUGAGACCGACGGCUUACUGCCAACAGGGGUGAAGGUCACUAUUGUGGUCGUCUACAUGAUUGUCUGUGUCAUCGGCUUGGUGGGAAACUUCCUGGUCAUGUAUGUCAUCAUAAGAUACACAAAGAUGAAAACGGCCACCAACAUCUACAUUUUUAACCUGGCUCUGGCUGACUCGUUGUUCCUGGCUACUUUACCUUUCCAGGGCACAGAUGUGUUCCUGGGCUUCUGGCCAUUCGGGAACGCUCUGUGCAAGGUGGUGGUGUCCAUCGACUACUACAACAUGUUCACCAGCACCUUCACCCUGACAGUGAUGAGUAUGGACAGGUACGUGGCAGUCUGCCACCCAGUCAAGGCGCUGGACAUGAGGACUCCUCACAAGGCCAAGGUGGUGAAUAUCUGCGUGUGGGUGUUGGCUUCAGCUUUUGGCGUACCGGCUAUGGUCCUGGGAAAUGUGGAAGAGGAACAAGAGCAUAACAGUGUUGAGUGCAUCAUGGUUUUACCUGAACCAAGGACUCACUGGGAUUCUGUCUUCGGUACCUGUGUCUUCCUCUUCUCCUUUCUCAUCCCCGUUGCUAUCAUCAGCAUCUGCUACAGCCUGAUGGUCAAGCGCCUACGCAACGUUCGCAUCUUGUCCGGCUCCAAGGAAAAAGACCGCAACCUGCGGCGCAUCACCAGGAUGGUCCUGGUGGUGGUGGCAGUAUUUGUCAUCUGUUGGACACCCAUCCAGAUAAUGGUCCUGGCUCAGUCUCUGGGCUUCAACCUGAGCAGUUUGUUCACACUGGUCCUGAUGCACUUCUGCAUCGCGCUGGGCUACGUCAACAGCAGCUUGAAUCCUGUGCUCUAUGCUUUCCUGGAUGAGAACUUCAAGCGCUGCUUCCGGGAGUUCUGCAAACCCUCGCCAUUCCGCCUCGACACCCAACAGUCGGGCAGGAUGAGGAGCAUUGCUCGGGAGGUGGCGGCUGCUUACAGCUACAAGGCUGAUGGCAGGGGGCCAGGUGGAGGGACCUCAAAUCCAGCAUGACUAGGCGUGGAGAUCCCCUUGGUGGGGAUAGACCACAAAGAGAGGGGGGAGAACCAGGGGACAGGGAACUCCAACACAGAGUUGACUCAGAUCACAGCUCUCUAGCGGCACGAGCCCCCCCGCCCCCAAACAAGAAGACUGGCUUGGGCUGGGGGGGAGGGAGAUGAGGAGGAUGGGGUUGAAAAGAAAAGGAUUUAGGAGCACGGAUAAGGAUGAAAAACAAUGGGUGCAGUAUUUGGGUUUCGGGAAAUGGGAUAUGUUGAAAGCUUGGAUGGGAUGGGCGUGACUAUGGUCCUUACUCCACUGAGGCUGGGAGAUAUUUUGGAAUGUAAAACUUUCAUGUAACUAUCUUGGUGGACGUAAACACAAAAGAGGUAACAUCAUUAUUUGACACUAUAGCUCCAAAAACAAAAGCCUCACUUACAGAAAUGGCAUGUACCAACUGAGUCUGUUAUCAGUUGCUGCAUCUCUAGAAAGAUGCCUCGCUCUGUGCUUUUGUAUGAGAAGUUAAGAGUCAGGGAGGGACAUUUGUAGAGACCAUAUAAUAGAUUUCAUAGAGUGGGUACAUCUACCUUAGACCUUGCACUAUUUGGUGCUAAGGACCACGGACUGAAGACUUGCCAAGGAAGAGUUAAGCUUUCUGGAAGUGUGAAACACUCUUCUGUUUUACACGUCCUGUGUCCAACACUCAUCCCAGUAUGGGUUCUGUAUUGGUGUCUCUAGAGGUCGACAUAAUGGUAAUAUGCUGCUGUAAUAUGAGCCUGUGUAAGGACUGGGUAAUCAAAUUAUAAUGUGAUAUUUUAGCCUUUAGACAUGAAGUUGGAUGUAAAGCAAUAGCUGACAUAAGGAAAAGAACAAUGUGCUGCAAGUUGCUCUUGAACAAUAUUCUUAAACUGUGUCUAUGGACCCUGAAUGGGUCACAUGAAUGUUAUUUUGUGUUGGGGCAACAUGUCUCGAUGGGUUCUGAAACAAGUUAAGCCGGGGAAACCCUGUCAAACAAGUGUUUAAGAGUUGUUGUGAUAUUUUUUUUUAAAAACGCUCUAUGAUCACCUGGGGGGUGUGGGGAAUUUAAGAGUUUGGGACCAAGG